AGCUGUUUUUUUCCUGAAACGGGAGUAAAGUAGUGAACUUAGAGGAGAGACACAAACUAAAGUAUCGAUCAUAUACCACUACCAACGUUUGGAUCGAUAUCUGCAUCGAUCUGCCCACCCUUGUCUCCUGGAUCGUAGCUGAGAUCAGCGUGAACCACGUGGGUCUCUGCUCCCUGAUCUGUUUCCUGUGUUUGGAAAGAGUUCCAGCUUCAUCACGGAGUUUCUCUCGGUUUGUGGGCUCAUCUAAAGCUGAGUAACAGGAGGAGAAGAGUCUGGUGGAGCAGCAGAGGAACAAUUUCAGCCAUUUGGACUCAGCUCAGCCACUACAGAGGAAACAAUGACUUCAACACAAAAGGACCAACAUGGAGCGAGAAGUCAGCGCUCUGAGGAGGCCGACAAACCUCACAGAAGAAAGGGAGAGAAAAACUACAGCUGUGAGGAGUGUGGGAAGGAUUUUACUAGAAAGUCAGACCUGAAACGUCAUCAACUCAUCCACAGUGGAGUUAAAGCAUACAGCUGUGAGGAAUGUGGUAAAGAUUUUCCUCGCAGUAGUGACUUACAACGUCAUCAAGUUACCCACUCUGGAAUCAAAGCGUACAGCUGUGACUUGUGUGGAAAGUCUUUUACCCAGGCUGGAAGCUUAAAAACACACCAACUCAUCCACAGUGGAGUUAAACCGUACACUUGUAAUCAGUGUGGUAAAGCUUUUGGUUGCUGUAGCAACUUACGACGUCAUCAAGUUACCCACUCUGGAAUUAAGGCGUACAGCUGUGACAUUUGUGGAAAGUCUUUUAACAAUCCUGCAAACUUAAAAAGACACAAAGUUGUCCACAUUGCAGUUAAAGCGUACAGCUGUGACUUGUGUGGAAAGUCUUUUACCCGUGCUGAAAGCUUAAAAACACACCAACUCAUCCACAGUGGAGUUAAAGCGUACAGCUGUGAUCAGUGUGGUAAAGCUUUUGCUCGCAGUAGCUACUUACGAUGUCAUCAAGUCACCCACUCUGGAACUAAGGCGUACAGCUGUGACAUUUGUGGAAAGUCUUUUAACAAUCCUCCAAACUUAAUAGCACACCAACUUGUCCACAGUGGAGUUAAAGCGUACAGCUGUGAUCAGUGUGGUAAAGGUUUUGCUCGCAGUAGCAGCUUACAAUAUCAUCAAGUUACCCACUCUGGAAUUAAGGCGUACAGCUGCGACAUUUGUGGAAAAACCUUCCGCUGGCUGGUCAGCAGAAAUAUCCACCAACGCAUUCACACUGGCAAUGAUGUUUGGUUCUGUGAUCAGUGUGACAAACUGUUUGUGACAUAUAAAGACUUACAGGAGCACAUGUUUACCCACACUGAGGAGAGACCUUACAAAUGUGACCUGUGUGAAAAGGCUUUUAAAACUCCACGUUCCCUGAGAAGACACGAACAGAUUCACACCAGAGAGAAACUCUACAAGUGCAGUUACUGUGAGAAGCAGAGCGACACAGAUGGAUCCAGUUCUCAACCCUGUCGUCGCUGUGGUGGUGGGAAGGCGUUUCGUUGUGACCUUUGUGGAAAAACUUUCAGUAAUCAAGAGAACCUAAAUCGACACCAACGUAGACACACUGGAGAGAAAAUGAACUACUGCAAAGAAUGUGGAAGAGGCUUCCCCACACCAAGUAUAUUAAAAACGCACGAACUCUGUCAUAGGAGGAUUAAAGAGCAUGUCUGUGACCAGUGUGGGUCAUCCUUCACCACUGCAAGUCAGCUUAAAGUACAUAAAAGAGUCCACACAGGAGAGAAACCAUACAAGUGCAGACACUGUGACAAAAGCUUCUCUCGAUCAGAUAAAUGUAACUAUCAUGAAGGUACACACAUUGAAGGGAACUUCAGCUGUGACCAGUGUGACAAGAACUUCAGGAAUCUCAGUUCAUACUCUGAACACAAACGAUCCCACUCUGUAAAUAAACUGUUUCACUGUUACCAAUGUGCAAAAACAUUCACUUCAUUAUCUGCUAUGUGCAAACAUCAGCGGGAUCAUGAGACUGGCUGAAAUCAUUCUCAUCAUUGGUUCAUGAUGAAUCUGAAGAAACAGUGUUGUUGCGGUUUCAAAAGUUUGUUGUGAAAGUUACUGUAACUUCUGCUGAAAUCCCUGCUCUGUAA